AAAAAACUCUUAGGCUUGUUAACAUGGCUGCUUUCACAAACCAAAACUUCCAACUGUUAUUAUGCUUUGCCUUAGUCCUCCUCUUGGGUCUUUGGGCCACCCCGUCCUUGGCUCGUCCUCUCGACAAUCACAAGUCCUUGUCGAUUCGCGAGAGGCACGAGCUCUGGAUGGCUCGACAUGGCCGUGUAUACAAAGAUCAGAUAGAGAAGGAGAAGCGUCUCAACAUUUUUAGUAAAAAUGUUGAGCGUAUAGAGAAUUUUAAUGGCAAUGCAUCAUCAAAUAAGUUGUUCACAUUAGGUGUUAAUGCAUUCAGUGAUCUAACCCUUAAAGAGUUUGUAGCCACUCACACUGGUUAUAAGAGGCAAUUUCAUUCCAAAUCCAUGUCUGGUUACUCCACGACCAAUGGGUUAAGGUUUGAUCAAAACCUCACUGACAUGCCUCCCUCAUUGGAUUGGAGAGAACAGGGAGCAGUCACUCCCAUAAAGGACCAAGGACAAUGUGGGUGUUGCUGGGCAUUCUCAACAGUGGCAGCAGUGGAAGGGCUAAAUCAAAUCAAUACAGGACAAUUAAUCUCACUCUCAGAGCAGGAACUCGUCGAUUGCGUACAAGAUAGCAAUGGUUGUUAUGGAGGCUCAAUGACAAACGGUUUCGAGUACAUCAAACAAAACCAAGGCCUAUCGACAGAAGACGAGUACCAAUACCAAGCUACACAGGGUCAGUGCGGCGCAACAUAUCCUAGCGACAAUGCAGUGACAAUUGAAGGGUACCAAAGGAUUCCUCCAAACGACGAGGAAACUCUAAUGCAAGCGGUUUCGCAGCAGCCUAUCUCCAUUGGUAUAGACGCUAAUGGGUUCGAGUUCCUGAACUACAAUGGAGGGGUGUUCAAUGGAGAGUGUGGCCAACAAAUUAAUCAUGCUGUUACAAUUGUUGGGUAUGACACAGAUACUGAUGGAAAUAAUUAUUGGUUGUUGAAGAAUUCAUGGGGAGAAACUUGGGGAGAAAAUGGAUAUAUGAAGAUUAUCAGAGAUCAGAAUCAAUGUGGCAUCACCUUAUAUGCUUCUUAUCCUAUAUGAUUUUACAUACAUGGAAUGAUGGAAGUGUCGGAGACACCGGAAGUAUAAUGGGUAUAAGGAUCGGAAAUAUAAGGGAUAUAUAGAAAAUAAUAUGUAUAAAAUAAGUAGAGCUGCAGCACCUACUUUAUAUAAUAAAAUAAUAGAUAACAAUAAAUGUAUUAUAUUGUGUUGGUAUAUAUAUUACCUCAUAUUAGAUGAGAAAAUUAUUACAAUAACUUUUGUUACAAACUAAAAUAAAUGAGGUGGGACACCAACAUUAUUGUACGCCUUACACAUAAAUAACCUUUUGCUAUUUUAUUUUUAAGAUUUCCCUUUAAUUUCUCUUUAUUGCAAA